AUGACGCGCCUUCACCGGCGUGUGCUGCUCCCCGUGGCUGCGGCUGCGGCCUUUGCUCUGAGCGGCCUGUGCUGGAUUUCUCAGCCUGUGGCUCCACGACAGCUGCGGGUGUGCCGACGGGUGGCCGAUGAGGCCGUGGAUCCGGGUGAUUGCAAGGGCGUCCGUGCCAAUGCGGUCAGUGGCGUAGUGCUUCCUGAGAUGGAUGCUGAUGAGCCCGCUUGGCUGUCCUUUGUGAUCUCUCGGUACUUGGAUGAGGAGUGGCUGGAGCAACCAGUGCACAAAGAAAUCGGGGAUGCAGUCGCCAAAAUCUACACGGAGGCACGUGAAUCAGGUGAGAAUGAUCUUGUUGCAGUUCUUGCAACGCUCUCCUACGGUCUUAAGGACAUGUGGAAUUCCGCAAAGUUCACAGAGGCCUUUGAAGGUCCCGUAGAUGUGGCGAACCGCGUCGCGGAGCUAUUGAUGCUUCGUAUGGGAAGCUUGGAAUGCAUGGCCGUGUUCAGUGAUAAGGUUGGCAGACCAGCCGCUCAUCAUGCUGUUACUACCUUAUUUGUGAUGGUUACUCUUAUUGCAACAGCAAGAACCAGCAUUCUUUGUGCUGCUACUAUUACCACCACCGCUACCACUACUUACUGCUGCUACUGGUGCUUUUAG